GUUCUCGCUUAGUCGCUACGAUACUCGAUUCUCGUGACGGUCUGUCGAUACGAGAGUGUGCGUGCCACGAUCAUUCCCGAUUAUAUUUAUCGCGAAACCCGGCUGCGCUUACUACUUGUUACGCGUGGCGGAGUGCGAGCAGAACAGGUGCGAGAGCGCGCGGAACACGUAAAACCGGCGAGGAAACGGAGACAGAAACAACGAGGGAAAGUACUGCCGGUUUAUAUGUAUGCAGUUUUUGCCGCCUCGCGCGACUUCGAAAGAUCGUUCACGGUUCCGGUGAAUAAGAACGCGUCGCGCGAUUAAUUCCGCGCACGUGGGUGUCGAGAUAGAACGUUGAGACGGAACGAGUGCCACACCGGGAGAGAAGGAAACGAGCGUCCAUUCGUCGGCAGAGUCGAGCCGUCAACCUGAAAGCAUUCCCCUCGACUCCAUUCCUCGGAUCGAUCUACCAAACACCGAGUGUUGUCGCGCGCGACACGAAUUCGUCCCCAGUGACAACGCGUAGUAAGAUCGUCGGUGAACAGAGUGUAAAUAGCGACACGGUGAGACGAGACACACUGGUCUCGGUGCGGCGGUUCAAGGGCGAGGCAGCUCGCGUAAGGGUCGAAGAGUCGACGCGUAGCGAGCCGUGAAGAGGAGAGGACUGGAGAACGAGUUUCCAACGAGGGGCUUUGUACGCCAGAAAUAAAUAGAGAUACAAAACGCGCGAAGUGGAAAGGUGGCAGAAUAGUCGGAGCCGGGCUGGUUUUCUGCGUGCGAUUCUCCUCUGGGUCAACGAUCUGUCGGAUCUCGCGUGCCUCGUGGACAGUGCCUGUCCGCUCUGUACGCGCAGCAACGGUAACGAACGAGCGGCGGCGGCGGCAGGUUGGCGGUCCGGUCGAUCGCUGGUUUUCUACGUCCGCGGCGAUAGCCGCACGUUUCACUAAGGAGUGAAAAGGCGGUCACUCGGUACGCCGUCGUGGCUGCUUUCACCCGGCGACGGAAUAAUGCCGAUCGCGCCUUAACGGUACGCCUGCUGCUUAUGCCUUCCGUGUUUCCCUUAACCGACGCCGGGAAAAUGAUCGCCGACCUCGGGUAAUCGCGUUUCGUGCGCGCCUGCGACGAGUCCGGUUUUCUUUAUCUACUAAAAUUCUUUUCGGUCGUUCAAGCCAGUUGUGUGCCGCGAGUGCGCGCGUGUGUGUGCUUGUGUCCGUUCGGUAGUACAGUGGAUUCGGCUACCCGGUGCAGCGCGUCUCGUUCCGAGCGACUCGACGUAGCAUGGAAACCAAGAUGUACAUCAGCAACGAGCCGCAGAACAAUGGCCACACAGCCACCAAAUACGCGUCGACCAACUCGAUCCCCUCGAUGAUGGACAAAGAAUCGUCGUUCGCGAAACUGAUCGGCGCCGGUGGAAAUAGAAGAGAGUCGACCAGCAUUUUGCGCGACAACAAAGGAAGGCGACACAGCGUAUUGGAAGAUCUGAAAGCGCGAAGGGACAGUCUGUUCCAGAAGGCGAGACGCGGUAGCGUCGUCGAGGAAAAGGAGAAUGCAAAAGUGCAGAAGGAUAAGAGACGAGCGAGUGAAGGUGGCAGGCGUUGCUCCGUUUUCUACGUGACUCCGGACCUCCUCGAAGAGAACCAGGAACUGUUGGAGAAUGAGAGGAUACAGGCGGACCUCGAGGGGAAGAAGGGCCGCAGGAAAUCCUGGCAUAUACUCGCCAAGCCUCCGAAACUCGAUCGCAAGAGGAGAAAAGGCGUCGCCGGUGUCCCGGAGGUCGGAAGCACCGAUGGACUUUACCCGCAAACGAGACAAAAGAGGCCUUCCUGGUGGAACAUAUUCGUGCCUGACUCCGUAGCCAGAUCCAGGCGGAUGUCCCAGGAUGUCACACAUUCGAGAUCCUCCGAGAAUCUCACGGUCCCGUAUUUCAGGAGCAAAAGUCGCAGCGUCGACCAUGGAUUCGCCACGCCGUUCGACUGGGACUCGUCGAAGACUAAAGUCGAAGGACGCUUCGAGUCGGUCGACGAAUUUGCGAAGGAUUCCGACACGGAGAGCGAUGAUGGCUCGUCGAACCGGUUAAACUUUAACAUCAUCCCCUACACGGUGGGCGACAGGGACACGCUGACGUCGGUGGCCGCGAGGUUCGACACGACACCGUCCGAACUGAGCAAAUUCAACAAGCUCGGAACCACUUUCAUUUACCCCGGUCAACAGUUGUUGAUACCGGUGAACAAUGUGGAAGGAGAAGGUCGGACCAAACCCGGAAUCGACGCGCCUAGCCCGGUUCCUUGCGAUCACGAAUCCCAGGAUGAUCUACCUCCAGAAGAAAAAGAAUUGUUGGACAGCUUGAGGCCGGUGUCACCGAAACCUCCCAUAGAAAGGGUGAAGACCCCUCAAGGUGUUACGUGCUCAGUUAUAGAAGAACAAGAGCAACCGUUUAAAGAAAGAUUCCUGAAAAUUAACGUUCGCCAUAUCACCGAUGGUCAGGGCGUCGUUGGUGGAGUGCUACUGGUAACGCCGAACGCGGUCAUGUUCGACCCGAAUGUUUCCGAUCCGCUGGUUAUUGAACACGGAGCUGAAUCUUACGGCGUUAUCGUAUCGAAGGAAUUCAUAGUGAACGCUGCGAUUUACUACGACAUCGCGCAUAUGCGUGUUGGACACACGGAAUCCGGGAAGCUGGACAAAAAGCCGGAGAUUUAUUACAUGAAGAAACCCUCGCAGAGCGAGGAGGUCAAGUGUCAAUCACCGGAGAAGGAAGAAAGUUUCCCGGAAUUGGCUGCGACGGACGACAGCGAAAACGUGUAUUGCACCGAGAGGGACGGAGAUGCGUUUCCAAAGGCCUUUGAGAGAGACCUUGUCACUCCCACCAAUCUUGAAAACGAAGAAGACGCAACGGCAACCAAAGAGAAAGAAAAGGAGAAAGAAGAGAUUAAAGAGGACACUGGUGGUGGUCAAGCAAGUAGAACGUUAGAGGAACGUAGGCGUUCUUUGCUUGACCAUCAUUGGCCGAUUCCUAGCAAGGAUCAGCAACCGUGGCCAGUCGAAGACGAACAACAGAAUUCAUUGAAUUCUGAAAAAACAGACAGCGUAAAAUCGAAGCCGAUACCGGAAGGCGAAGAAGGAUCUCUAGUCAAACUGUCAUGCCACGACUCUGGUAUUGACAUACGUGACCCUAAUCCCCCUUUCCCAGUAGUUCAGCCUAACCCUACAAAGAAAGUAUACUCAGACGCAGAUAUUGUCUUAUCUUCAGAUUGGGUGCCUCCUAUUACUAUUGCCCCAACGAACGUUACGACUGAUUCACUAGACAGUGGUUCUGCCGUAAACGGUAGAAAAAAGGCGAGUUCGGUCUCUUUUAGCUUAGACAGUAAUAAUGCGGAGGAACCCGAGAAAGAUGAAGAGCACAAAGACGACGACAAACAGGAGACUCGUAGGAAUAAGAUGUUGAAACGAUUAUCGUAUCCUUUGUCGUGGAUGGAAGGUUUGACCGGCGAAAAAGAAGACGAUAAAUCUGGAUCUGAUAAAGUUUCGAGUCUUCCUAAUAGCGCGGACUCUCAUCACUCGUCGGUUUUCAGCAAAGUUUUCUCAAGCUCGCCGAUCAACCUGGUGAGUGACUUUAGCUCGGGCCUGUUUGCUAAAACUCCCAGCGAUGAGAGCGGCGGGGGCGGUAGGGCCGGAGGAACGCCUCCGCUUACCGCCUCCUCUCUCUCCCAGGACUCCACCAAUCCUCAGAUUUCACCUGGUCCAGGAGGGCUUAUGGGACGGUCUUCCGUGGGCACGUUCAUCAGACAGCAACCGCUUACUUCGUCGGGUAGCAGCAGCGUGGACAGUAGUCGGGGUAGUAAAACCUCGAGCACCGCGCUUCGAUUGGACUACCGCAGCAUGGUGUCUGUCGACGACAUGCCCGAGCUGUUCGCCAGCUUCGAUAUCCAUGCACCUAAUUUUCCCGAACUCGAAGGCCUCGAACUGAUACCGCGACCUGCCCAUUCCUGCGAGGAUCCCCCACUGUACCUGAGGCUGCGAACCGGAAGGCCCAAAGACAAGAAGAUCCGACGCUCGACGCCUAUUAUGAGUUACGGAAAGAAGAACUUACGGUCGGAAUACUGGUUCAGCAUACCGCGCAAUAGGGUGGACGACCUGUACAGGUUCAUUCACGCGUGGGUGCCGUCGCUAUAUGGAGAACUCGAUGAGAAUUACUGGCGGGAACAGGGGUACAUCUUGGCGGACACCGACACGGAUUUGUCGCCCGAAUUGUCGCCGCGCGAGGCCGAAAAACCAGGCGAAAUCUCCGAGGAAGGAAAAUCCCGCAGUCAAGACAGCGACGAGAUUGCGGACAUUACGAAGGAAUCAUGGGAGCUGAUCAAGGCCCCCUACGUAAAGCUGUACAGCAUCCUGAAGACGUCGAGCACAUCGGCGGAUUCCGAGCAGAUCCAGGACCCGGAGCAAUUGUCUAUGAGCGAGGAGCUCAGGCGAGCUCUAUACAAUGAUGUCUCCAUAGACAACGAAGUGAUCGUUCCCGAUCUGGUGGGCAACACCGAGAUUCUCAGCGACGACCACAGGGAACAACUCUGCCGGCAUCUGCCUGCCAGGGCGGAGGGCUACCCCUGGACCCUCGUCUUCAGCACUAGCCAACACGGCUUCAGUCUGAACAGCAUGUACAGGAAGAUGGCCAAAAUCGAGAGUCCGAUACUCCUCGUCAUCGAGGACACUGAAGGCAAUGUGUUCGGUGCAUUGACCUCGUGCGCACUGCAAGUGAGCGAUCACUUCUACGGAACCGGGGAGUCUCUGCUCUUCAAGUUCAAUCCUAAGUUCCAGGCGUUCCACUGGACCGGGGACAACCUUUAUUUCAUCAAAGGCAACAACGAGAGCCUCGCCAUCGGCGCUGGAGAUGGAAAAUUCGGACUGUGGCUGGACGGAGAUCUCUACCAGGGCAGGUCGCAGUCGUGCAGCACGUACGGUAACGAGCCGUUGGCGCCCCGAGAAGACUUCGUGGUAAAAACGUUGGAGUGCUGGGCGUUCAUAUAGGACACAGCCUCGUACAGCUUGUCCGCGACCUCGCCCUCGCCACAGCCUAAUUUGACCUGAAUCAAAAUCCCGGAAGAGUCUCGCGCGGAGGUUGAUCAUCCCUAGAGAGGAGGAAGCGUCCAUUUCGGAGCACAGGUUUCGAAGACAAUUGCGAGAAUAUUUCCAAGGGAGACAUUCUAUCAGAGGAGAUUAUAAAUGAAAACCUGAUCGAAACAGGAUUUACGAUUAACAGUUUAGCUCGAAUCAUCGUAUUCGAUAGACCCUUAGAGAGAGAAACAGACAGACAAACAAACAAGACAGAUCCCUACUCGUAUUUUUUUGCUAGAACGGGAGAUCGUCGGGCGCGUGUAUUCCUGGCUAAAGUAUGGAAGCAAGGAGAGAUAAGAUUAUGUAAUUAAUUGUGAUUUGUAUCGCGAUAAAAAUUCUUGAACGCUAAGAGAGACGAUGAGAUUAGAAUCUAAAGACAGGAACACUGAUAAGAGACAGUUGUCCAGCACGUUAGACCCGUGCGUUGAAACGUCGAAUGAAGGACUACGAAUGACUAUAACCGAUGAAUAGAUACGUCAUUUAAUCGUCCUAGGUUCGUUUUCUUUUUUUUUAAGUUGUCGUAUUUAUUUUAUUUUUUUAUAUAUAUAUAUAUUAUACAUGCACACGCAUAUGUGUGUUUCGCUGAAUGAAACGUUACUUUUUUUCCCCGUUAAUCAUGAUUAUUUCACGCGAUCGCGUGCCGUUCGAGGAAAGGAUCGAAGGAUCGACCACGAUAAUGAUUAUCUUUUCUUUUUUUUGUUACGAUUACAUAUUAAGAUCGUGGUGUUGCCUUCGAACUAGUCGCGAGUUUAAGUAAUAAUGUUAAGGAUUAACAGUCGCAUCGUGUCGAGAGAUUACCACGCCGACCGCAUCGGCGCGUAUUAUACGAUGAUCGAUGAUGAAAACGGGUAAACGAAGAGAGAAUGAGACGAGAGUGAAUGGUGAAUCGAGAUUGAAAGCGUAAUAUUUUUAAGAGAGACUGCGUCGUCCGCGAUCAGAAAAAACGGCGACGCGAGGAGAGGAUCAUACAAACGAAACCGUGAAUCGAUUGAUGAUCAUGCUGAUUUGGUAUGAUACCACGGACACAAAAAAAAAAACACGACACUACGUGAAAUGCUAACAAGAAAAACAACUAACCGUAUUUGUUGAUGUGUAGUUAUUGUAGAUAGAUAAAUGUACAUAUAUAUAUUACGAAAAAUCGUGUUUACGAUAUAAAGAUUAAUUUUAAAGAAAGAUAUACAGUAUAUGAUAGCACGCUAAAUGAGAAGACACACGUUGCAGAAGACAUUUUUCUGUGUAGCUCGUAAUGUUCCGAAGGACACACACUGAUGGUUGCGUAUAUUUGUGAAACACACACGCAUUUCCAUACACGUAAUCAAUCGAGCGGUGAAGAACACCGGCUCGGAUCGAUCCCAGCCGAUCGGUGACAGUAGACUUUAGGAGUAGAUCAACAGUUUUGAAAAACAGCGACACGAAGAUCACAUACGGAGAUCGAUUAUGGUUGACACGAAGAACGACGAAAGCAAUAGUAUAGGAGAAAACACGCAAACACACAGAAUUAAUUAAAACGCAACGUUUCUUGUGUUUCAACUGACCACAACGAACACACACGCCUGUGCCUCGCUUCGCUCUCUUUCUCUCCCUUUGCUAUACGCUAUAUUUACGUAGAGAGCACACAUGAUUCACGUACAGCAUUUUGAGUUACUCGCUUUGCGUACGAUCAGAGCCGAUGGAAGAAUAACGUUUCGUUGAGGAGCUCUCUUUUCUUGAUUGAGAGCUUAAAGACUUAGACAAUAACAAGAAAUUUCUUUUAUUUCUGUUUCGCACCGUAUCGAGCUUCCUGCGAAAUAAAGGAUUCGGAUUUCUCGAUUGGUUUUAAACCCUCCGCAUUUCGUGGAACUAGAAAGCUCGGGUUUAAAUCCUACUUUAAUCCAAAUCUGUUUAUAGAACAAAUGAUUGUUUCUGGCAGGAAACGAAAGAAUUUUUGCAAGAUCGUUGAACUUCUUUUUACGUCGCUUCGCUCGGCUCUGAAGAAUCAGUACACACACACACACACACACACACGUGCAGAAGGUAAUUACUAUCUGAGCUUAUAUAGUCUCUUACUAUGUGAAUUAUUAGGAUGAAUAUCGCGAGAUCAACCAUCGCGAGGGAAAAUAAUCUACCGUUUCUAUCGCUUUUUAAAUACGAACAUCUGUUCCGUCGUCGAUAACGACUGAGAAGAGAACGAGCGAUGUUUAACGAUUUUGUUAAACCGAAGGACGGAUUGCACAUCCGGCUAGACUCUUGAUAAUCAAUUUUGAUAAAUUGAUAUAUCCGAAACCGAGUUCCGAAAGGACGUUUUAAUAAAAGUGAACACCAUUUUGUACUGUGGACAAACCGGUUUCUCUACACUUUCAAAUAGAAACAGUUCCCAGCACUCGAUUCGUUUCUACGAUUUCCUGUCUUGCAGCCGGCUAUUUAUAAACCGAGACACUGAACGAUCUACGAUGAUUUAUUAAUGUUUGUAUGCAUACUUUAUCAAUCUCAUUGUAUUUUAUAUAUAAAUGGAAACAUCUGUUGACAAUUUAUUAUGCCGAAUGGAAAAUGAAAGAAAUCGUAGAUUCGGACGAGUCUCUCCGUGUGCACUGGUUACGAAACGCACUUCUAUCGAAGAAUGAAACCAGCAAAACGUCGAUAAAAAUUGAACGAACCUGAUGGAGCACGGUUUCGAGCAGAGAACACGUAGUAACUACGGGAAGCACAAAAAAAAAGACGUAGUUGUCUGUCAGCUUCGUUAGGGUAGUUAGUUCGUUAGAGAGUACGUUUGUACGCGAACAUUAGGGCGUUGCCUAGGUGCAUAAAGGAAAACCACAUUAGGGUUUUAUAGGCGUACUCUUGUGAUAUUAACGAGUUAAAA